AUGGCUUCGUGGCAGACUCACACAUGCCCCUCAGACAACACAUUUGGGCCCAUAGUUCAUGGGUGUCGCGAUGACUUUGAUUUCACGCUCCUGUUUGAACAUCUUUUUUUCACCAUUGUCCCAUGUGCAGUAUUUAUCUUUGCUUCCUCUUACAAAAUUAGACAAUUAUGCCGUGUCGAGCAGAUCGCAAAUGGAAAGCUACUCCAAGGGAUAAAAUCUGUAGUUCACCUUGCACAUUCAAUCCUUCGCCUAGCCAUUCUAUAUAAUUUCAGUAAAACCACUGUCAUCGGUUAUACUAGUGCGCGUCUUCAUCAUCUCGGAAUAACAGCUACAGCAUUUGCCUUCCUUGGCGCUCUUACAGCUCUCAUUCUGUCAUGGCUGGCGCACUCACGAUGCCCGCGGCCUUCAUUCACCUUGACCAUUUUCCUCUUCCUCACAUUUCUCCUCGAUUUAGCACAGUCCAGAACUCUCUUGACCAUAUCACCAUCAUCAUGGGGCAUCGGGUACAUAUUCUCCAUCGCGACAGGCGUUAAAGCCCUCGCUCUGUUGCUCGAGAGUUAUCCCAAGACCUGGGCAUCUGGGCUAAAACAGCCAAGUCCAGAGCCAACUCUCGGGAUUUUCAGCCUCAUGACUUAUUAUUGGCUGAGCCCCCUCAUUCGUCUUGGGUCCCGAAAGCUCCUUGGGAUCACUGAUUUAUACAAUUUGGACCCGCCUAUGACAUUUAAACAGCUGGAUCCCAAGUUCUGGGUAUCUUGGAAUACAUCGAGUAAUUGGAAAGGGAAGACCCGAUUGCUUGUCGCGCUUUGGAGGGCGACGAAGUGGGAACUGCUCGCGCCCGUGAUACCACGGCUUGCAAAGCUUGAGUUUGGCCUUUGCCAACCUUUCCUGAUCCAGGCUGUCGGGCACUUUCUGUCCGAGCCCAAAACAUCCGAGUGGGCACGAGAAGGUAGAGCACUCGUUGGAGCAACUGGAGUGAUCUACCUGGGAUCGGCAGCCUCUCUGGGAUUGUACCAAUACUACAACCAGAGGGCAAGCAGCUUCCUUCGUGGCCUUCUGGUCGUCGGAAUUUACAGAAAGACUACUGAGCUGAGGCUAUCCUCGGAUGACAGCAAGGCAUCUCUAACGUUGGUAAGUGCUGAUGUCGAAAGAAUCCAGCAGUGUGCCCACGGAUUUCAUGACAUUUGGGCCAGCAUAAUCGAGUUCUUCAUAGUCGCUUGCUUGCUCUACCUUCAACUAGGCCUUGCGUUCCUUGUUCCAAUCGGUGUAGCGAGCAUAUGCUUCCUCAUCACAGUGGGCAUUGGUAAAACUGCUCCCCGACUCCAGAGAGCAUGGGUGGACGCUACUGAAAAGCGAAUUGGGAUCACGGCAACUCUUAUUGAGAACAUGAAAGCCAUCAAGAUUAUGGGCGUGAAUAAACAGCUGGGCGACUUUGUUCAGGCGAUGAGGGAUGCGGAGAUAAAUGCGGGCUCAAGUUUCCGAAUGACAAUCAUUUAUUCAGUAACUUGCUCAUACGCUCCUAUGAUCCUUUCCCCUCUCCUGACAUUCGCGGCAACUAGCAGAGACUUUGACACUACAAGAGCAUUUACUUCACUAGCAUUUAUCAGGCUGCUCACGAUCCCUCUGGGCAAGUUGUUUCAGCUUCUCCCGGCUCUAGUUUCGGCAACAGCCUGCUUCGACAGGGUCGCUUCAUACCUGGAGGCUGAAUCCCGUUCAGACUACCGGCUGAGAUCUUUUGUGUCGUCGGAGUUACCAAAUGGAUCUAAUUCUGGGCGCCCAAGAGAUAAUGAUGCCCGAAAUAAUGAACAUGCAACAGCGUCCCUAAACGCAACUCCUGCCUUUUCUAUCAAGGAUGGCUAUUUCGGGUGGAGAGACAACAACUUCGUCCUGCGCCAGAUCAAUCUGUCAAUUCCACAAUUAAAACUCACCAUGGUUGUUGGACCAGUAGCCUCUGGCAAACUUUCGAAAAUCGGAUUUUGCGACCAGUCCCCAUACAUACCAGAUGCGAGGCUGCGAGAUGUCAUCGUAGGCCACGGUGACUACGACGAAGUCUGGUAUAAGGACGUUCUCGAAGCCACGGCUCUAAGUCAAGACAUUGCCACUUUUGCCCAACGUGACCAGUCUACGACUGGCUCGAAUGGGUGCAAUCCAGAGAGUUGCUAUCGCGCGUGCACUCUAUGCAAGACCAUCGGUGUUCGAUCUGAAGGCUUGAUUCGCAGAUUGAGGGCCACUGCUGUUCUCUGCAGUCAUUCGACUAAGCAUCUGGCCUGGGCCGAUCUAAUCAUUGCCCUGGGAGCCGAUGGUAUGGUUAAAGAUCAAGGAACGUACCAGGAGCUCAAGGAAAACCAAGAAUAUACGCACUCUCUGGACAUAAACGAGACUGAGAACGCCAGGGAUGAGCCUGGCGGCCCCGACUCUCAAGAAUCUGACGAUUUAUAUGUCGCACAGCCAGAUUCCACACCAGAGUUUGAGAUCGAUGAUCGUCAAAGGCAAAUCGGGGAUUUCGCCGUGUACAAGCGCUAUCUAUCCACUCUUGGUCCAGUUCUGCUAUGUCUCUUCUUUCUCUUGACCCUGGCGUACAACUGGCCAUGGUACGGAGAAAUCAAGAUGAAAGAUGUUUCGGCUUCAUACGAGUAUAUGAAACUUGCGAGAAAUACCUUCAGCGAUCAACCUUACCCGUCAAUCACCGGAAACCAGGCUCUUGCCGUUAAGGAGCUAAACUUCACCAUUAAAGCCGGGGAGAAAAUCGCAGUAGUUGGACGCACGGGAAGUGGAAAGUCGUCGAUUGUGCUCAUUCUUCUACACCUACUUGAUCCUCUGCCCUCUGACAACCAGACAAUUACAAUUGACGGUGUACCUCUGAGCAAAGUAGAUCGAACCUCCUGGAAUGUCAACUUGGACCCAUACGCGGUCGCUUCUCUUGACGAAUGCGAGUCAGCGUUGAAGCAAGUCGGGCUGUGGACUUUGAUUCUCGGGCAUGGAGGGUUGGAGGAGCCCAUGAAGGCAGACUUCCUUAGUCAGGGCCAAAAGCAGCUAUUUGAUGUUCAUGAUACCGGUGCGACAAGACUGGGUGGUGUUGUGCUUCUGGAUGAGGUGGCGGCAAGUGUCGACAGCGCCACGGACUCGCUGAUCCACGAAAUUUUACACCGGGAAUUUGAAGGGUAUACGGUUCUAGCAGUCACGCACAAGGAGCACGCACUACAGGAUUUCAACCGGGUCAUGGUAUUGGAGAAUGGUGUCAUAAAAGAAUUUCGGAAUGUGGCUAAGUCGUGA